CAGGAUCGACAGACAAGCACAGUAUAGCAGGAUCGACAGACAAGCACAGUAUAGCAGGAUCGACAGACAAACACAGUAUAGCAGGAUCGACAGACAAGCACAGUAUAGCAGGAUCGACAGACAAGCCCAAUAUAGAAGGAUCGGCAGACAAGCACAGUAUAGCAGGAUCGACAGACAAGCCCAGUAUAGAAGGAUCGGCAGACAAACACAGUAUAGCAGGAUCGACAGACAAACACAGUAUAGCAGGAUCGGCAGACAAGCACAGUAUAGCAGGAUCGACAGACAAGCACAGAAUAGCAGGAUCGACAGACAAGCACAGUAUAGCAGGAUCGACAGACAAGCACAGUAUAGCAGGAUCGACAGAAAUACACAGUAUAGCAGGAUCGACAGACAAGCACAGUAUAGCAGGAUCGACAGACAAGCACAGUAUAGCAGGAUCGACAGACAAGCACAGUAUAGCAGAAUCGACAGACAAACACAGUAUAGCAGGAUCGACAGACAAGCACAGUAUAACAGGAUCGACAUACAAGCACAGUAUAGCAGGAUCGACAGACAAACACAGUAUAGCAGGAUCGGCAGACAAGAACAGUAUAGCAGGAUCGACAGACACGCACAAUAUAGCAGGAUCGACAGACAAGCACA